AAUAUUUAAUAAAUCUAACUUAGUCAUAUCAUAAAAUAAAAUAUUUAAUAUUUAGUGUGAUAAAUAAUUAGUAGUAUAUAUUAUACUAUAGUAUUUGGUAUGCUAAUAUGUAUUAAAUUUCUUAAAUAAUGUUUUUCUGUAGUUUAGUUGGAAAGUAAUUAUACCAAAUUCGUGGUGUUUUGCAGUUUCAUUAGAGUCAAAUUACUUUGCAGUUCCAUUGGUGAACUUCAAUGGCUUUGUAGAAAAAUCAUCCCAAUCCCAAUGGCACAAUGGAAGUUCUUCCAUGCAGUGUAAAGACUUUUCACAAAAAAAAAGAGAUUGUGAUAGUACCUAAAACCAUGUCCAUUGCUGAGUUUUCUAAUAGCUAUAUAUUUACGAAUUAGUUCAAGAGAGAAUAAAAAUGAUUGUUGAAAGAAGAAGAAAAAUGAUUCUUAUUUAAGAGCUAAACCUUUUAGUUAAAAACUAGUUUUUGAGAAACUAGCCGAUGAUCCUCUUUUAGAGCAUAGAGGUUGAUUGGAAGAGUUCGUAGAAGUUGCAGACAACCAUUUUUAUUUCUACAAAUCUUUUCAAAUAUAAUCAUCAUGUUAAAAUUGAAUCUAGCACCAAAAGAUUAUAAAAGAAAACAUGCUAAUUUAAGAGAAAUUCUGGGAAUUCUAGUUCUUAAGUUAUAUGUAUAUAUUAUAUAUGUAUAUGUAAUUUUAGGAUUCUAAGUUUUAUGAAAAAUCCAAAGUUCCCAAAAUAUCUAGUUUCAAAUACUUUGGAUUGGGUUUUCCGUAAAACUUAGAAUCAUGCAAUAACAUACACAUAUAUAUAUGUGUGUGUAACAUAUGUAUUUAUAGAAUUAAAGAGCGAAAAACCCUUACAUUGGAAGUAUUUUGGAAGUGUUUUAAGAACUCAGUUUCUCUAAAAAAUUUAGUCAGUGCUUUGAAAAAAUUCUACAUCAAUAAUUCAAAGUCACAACUAAAUAUUUAAAGUCUAAAUCUUAAAACAAAACACAUAAAACCACAUAUUCAACCAACCAAACCAAUACUUUUUAGAGAACUUUUUAUCAUUAAACUACAUAAAAUAAAAAAUAAACUGUGGAUAAUCUUUUGCUUAAAAAACUUUUAAAAUGUUGAAGAGCACCUUUCUAAUAAUAACAAAAACAUAGUAUAGAUUUAUAUAGAUUUUUUUGUUACAAAAAUAAAAAUAAAAGAAAAAAAUAUAUUUUUGUUACUAUAAACUUGAUUUGUAUUCAAACCCAUUGUCUUUAUAAGAGACCCAAUCCCGAUGUAAAGCAUGGACUGUCCAGAUCCAAUUUUGGCACGUUCUCAUCCAUCAAAUCAACUUAAAUAUACAUAUCUGAGUUAAAAAAUAGUAACACGCAUCACAUUAUCUUAAUCUCACGAUGGCUCAGAAGCUGGUAGCUAAAGGCGGCACCGGAGGAGGCACGGAAUGGGAUGAUGGCCACCAUGAAGGUAUAUCACAGAUCUAUAUAAGAGAGGGCUGUGAAGGCAUAGAGUCCAUCAAAUUCGACUAUGUCAAGAACGAAGAACCUAAAGCUGGACCAAUCCAUGGUGGCUCGGGUCAGAGUUUCACUGAGUCGUUUGAUCUAAACCAUACCAUUGAUGAACAUAUCGUAUCUGUCAAGUGUUACUACGACGAGGGUGCGAUACAAGGCCUUGUGAUCAAAACCAACAUCAUGACUUCUGCACUCAUGGGAUACAACCUUGGUACUACGUUCAAACUUGAAGUCAAAGGCAAGAAGAUCAUUGGGUUUCAUGGAUCUUCUGACAAAAACCUUCGCUCUCUAGGAGCUUAUUUCGCACCGCUUUCUCCUGCUAAUUUGAAAUACUAAUUGGAAAAAGCUACAUAUGCUCUUCAUCCGUUUGGUUUAAUGUUGUUUUGAGUCUGUACUAAUUUACUAUGUCAUCAUCUUUCAUGUUUGUUUUGGUGUGGCUUUCACAAAUUCCAUCAUUUGCAAGUUGUAAACUGCAGUAAGGUAUUUGAAUUUUAAUGUUGGUUUGA